AUGAAUAAAUCAAUAUUGAUUUUUGCAUUUUUAGCAGCUGCACUUUUUGGGUCAGCAUUGUAUAUGGCGGUUAAAAAAUAACAUAUUACAAUAGAUGAAUCAGUAACUAAGAUUUGGAGUUAAUGGAAAUAAAAACACAAUAAGAGAUAUGAAAAUACUGAUUAUGAAUCUUACAGGUUGGAAGUUUUUGCUGAAAAUUUAGAAGUAGUUAAAAAUGAUUAAACUGGAACUUAUGGUAUAACCAAAUUUUUAGAUCUAACAGACGAUGAAUUCGCAGGAAAUUUUCUCAAUUUAAAAGCACAAUAUCCUGAAGAUUCUAUAGCAGAAGACAUUGAAGUAGACCCAAAAAUUAACAUUAAUUGGGUUGAAGCAGGAAAAGUUUCUAAUGUUAAAUCUUAAGGAAACUGCGGUUCCUGCUGGGCAUUUUCAGCAACUGCUUCUGUUGAAUCAGCUUUGAUUAUUGCUGGUAAAGUUGAUAAAUCUAUUAGCCUUUCAGAAUAGUAAUUAAUAGAUUGUUCUGGAGAUUAUGGAAAUUAUGGAUGCGCUGCUGGAUAAAAAGAAUAAGCUUUGGUUUAUAUUAAAAGAUAUUCAAUUACUACUGAAUAAAAUUAUCCUUAUACAGAAAAAGAUGUUUAAAAAUGUUACUUUGAUAACACAAAACAUAUUCCUAAUUACACUAUUUCUGAUAUCAAAAUUGUUAAAGCAUCAACUAAUGACUUGGUAGAAGCUCUCAAGAUCUAGCCUGUCGCCGUUUCAGUAGAUGCAACUAAUUGGAAAUACUACAAAGGCGGUGUAUUUUCUGACUGUAAAACUUAUUAUCAUAACCAUGCAGUACUUUUAGUUGGAUUCUAAAAUGGAACUUGGCUAGUUAAAAACUCAUAUGGAACUAAUUGGGGAGAAAAUGGCUAUAUUAGACUUAAAAAUGGCAAUACAUGUGGAGUAGCAAAUUAACCUUAUCAGCCUAUAAUUUGA